AUGACGCGCAUAGACGGGAUCAUCAUCCUGGACACGAAUGGAAAACCCCUCAUCAGCUCUCACUUCCCGCAACAUCCCCCAUCCUACGCUACAUCCCAUAUCGACACCUUCAACCAUGCUCUCAAGGUCGCUCAGGCAUCUCCAUCCACAUCAUCUAGCACUAAAGCUGAGCUGGAGCCUAUACUAUGGGUAAAUGCGCUGUCGAGAGGCGCAGCGGGGGUGGGGAUGGGCGGAGCUGGCCUGUGUCAUGUGGAGAGGGAGGGACUGCGGUUCUUGGUUCCGGUCGGGCGUGAGCUCAACCCGCUGUUUGCAUUUGCGUUUCUCGACUCAUUCCUUGAGACUCUGACGGAGUAUCUUGGGGAAGUGACGGAAGCGAGCAUCAAGGAGAACUUUGAUAUAGUUUACAUGCUUAUAGAGGAGAUGCUGGACGAAGGUCACCCAAUGACAAUGGAAACCAAUAUGCUAAAAGAGAUCGUCCUCCCGCCGACGCUCAUGCGGAAGCUCCUCAGUGCUGCCGGAGUAUCCUCCAUACAAAGCCCCGCGUCAGCACCCUUCACCGCUCCAAUACCAUGGCGGAAACCUAACGUCCGACACUCGAAUAACGAAAUCUACUUCGAUGUAGAAGAAUCACUAGACGCCAUAAUCGACCGGAAGGGGAACUUACUCUCAUCGUCAAUCACCGGCAGGAUCAACUGCAAUUCUCGCUUAUCGGGCAACCCCGACUUGCUGCUCAAUUUUGGGAAUGCCAAAGUGAUGACCGACUGUGGUUUUCAUCCAUGUAUAAGGUACAAUCGCUGGGAACGGGAUCACGUCCUCUCGUUCAUACCGCCCGACGGCAAGUUCCGAUUACUGGAGUAUCAAACCGAUACCUCUAUCGGCCGGGCCCAGCUCCCGCUCCAGCUCAAAGCUAGCAUGUCAAUCGAAGACUAUGGAGGCAAAUUCUCCCUCACCUUGACCUCCCGUACAAAUGCCCGCCCAAUAGAAGACAUCGUCAUCUCCAUCCACCUCGGUCAAGGUACAUCUUCAGUCAGCGCGACGGCUACAGGCGACAAGCGGAUGCCCGGCGUCAACUCCGGCGGUCUUGCACGGCGGGAGGAGAACGCCGCAGAAGGAGGGGUAGGAGGCGGGACGUGGGAAUUUGAUCCGCAUACCCAGGUAUUGCGGUGGAGAUUGGCCAGCUUGACAGCUACGGAACGGGCGCCAAGUCUGACUGGAUCUUUUACGUCAACAGCACAACAUCCGGUGCCUUCACCCUCGUUCGACCUCGCCUUCCUCAUCCAGCAUCAAACGUUCUCUGGGCUGCGUAUCGACCAGCUCAAAGUGGCGGGCGAUGUCAUGUACAAGCCUUUCAAGGGGGUCAAGGUGGCGAGUAAGGCUGGAAGGUAUGAGGUGAGGUGGUGA